GGUUCUGUUCAGUUGGAUAUUCAAAACAAUCAGAAAAGGACACCAUUGCUUGAAGCCGUUUCCUGGGGUCACCUCGGAAUGACACACCUGUUAAUAGCCCUGGGUGCAGACAUAAAUGCUGUUGAUGGUGAAGGUAACAGCUGUUUGCACCUGGCCGUGGAAAGAGAAGUGUUUGAUUCCGAGGAUGCACCCUUGGAUUUACUAAACGAAUGUUGCACUGCCCUUAAACUGAAAAUAGAGAAAAGGCUCUCUGGUAUAGUGGUUGCGAGAUAUCUCGCCAGCCAGGGAGCGGACUUUCACCAUAAAAACAACAAAAAUAACACACCAUUGGACCUCAUUAAGGACCGAAAUUUGAGAAAAAAAUUUAAAACAUUUUCAACACCACAAGGCCACAACAAAAGUUCAUCCUGUGAACACCUUCUGACAUGUGAAGAAUGUUCAAACGUUCCACUUAAACGAUGCCUGAGGUGUUUGAAACCUGUAACAAGCAGAGGUCGAGUUGGGGCUCCAAAGUUUGAGGACAGGUGUGUACAAACAGAGGCUACAUGUCAGGAAUUAGGGGCUGCAUCUCAGGCAAUUGGGGCUCCAAAGUGUGAGGACAGGUGUGUACAAACAGAGGCUACAUGUCAGGAAUUAGGGGCUGCAUCUCAGGCAAUAGGGGCUACAAAUUGUGAGGACAGGUGUGUACAAACAGAGGCUACAUGUCAGGAAUUAGGGGCUGCAUCUCAGGCAAUAGGGGCUCCAAAGUCUGAAGACAGGUGUGUAAAAAAAGAGGCUACAUGUCAGGAAUUAGGGGCUGCAUCUCAGGCAAUUGAGAGUCCAGUUCUGAAGGAGAAAGAUCUUCUGAGAGUGGCUAAGAGGUUAGGACGUGAUUGGUGGCAAAUAGUUAUUGUUUUAGAAGUUGAUACAACUAAACUGAAAAUUGAUGAUGAGUCUAAUGUCACUGUAAAACAAGGCUACCAGAUUCUUUACGAAUGGUUCAAAAAUUGCGACCCAGAAACACGGACACACGCAACAUUACGUGCAGCUCUUGAAGAAGCUGAAUGUUUCGCUGCGAUGGAAUGUCUGUCAUUAGACGCAAAGUGAAUUUCUGUGUAACUGUUGUUGUUUAGCCUCAGAUUAACCUUGACCAAACAGAGACUUAUGAUCAAACGCAUUCCAGUCAGGACCAUCAUGCCUAUUUCCAAAGAGAACCCACAACCACAUUGUCCAAUAUGCCAUUCUGUACAGUGAUAUCGUGUGAAUUUAGCUGCUAAUUCUAGCAGGUAUAUCAGCCACAUAGUGAUCCAUUCACUGGUUUGGCUCCUUUGUUAAAAAUUCACAUUUAAAAUAAAGACAAACUUUGAAAUGUUCA